CCUCAAGUAUCCCUCUUCUUCCGUCGCUCGUCCCGUCGCUGUCGCCCGUCGUUGUCUCCCGUCAGCUCGCCUCCCCUCUCGCCAGUCCAUUGCCCGACAAUGCCCGCCGAAGAGGAUCCCGUCUAUCUCGAGAACAACGUCGCCGAGCCUAUCCCGGUCCGGCGAACUCGCUCCACUAGAGUGCAGAGCCCUGGCCGGCGUCCCUCGGGCCUCUACCGCUCCCAGAGCGCAACACCCGUCCCGGACGAUGACGACGAUGCCAGCCGAUCGCGGGACGAGCUGCAGAUGAGAAAGAGCAUUGCCGACCUCGAAGUUGAGAAAAGCGAGCUCCUGAAAGAAAUCGAAGAGCAGAGAGAGCAAGCCAAGCUCGCCCAGACACUUGCAGAGGAAUGGCGACAGAAAUAUCGACAGCUCUCCACGAGCCAAGACGUAUCGUCAACCGACCAGCUCACCAAAAUCGGCGACCUGGAAGAGCAAAUCAUCGGCCUCAAGACCAAACUCGUCCAGAAGGACAAGGAGGUGCGGAAGCUCAACGACGCCUACAAUAGCCUCGAUGCCUCGUACACCGCCGACAAGGAGACUUGGGAGACCAAGCGGAAGGGUCUUGAGAAAACGAUCCAUGAGCUCCGGGCAGUCAAUGCCAACACCAAGGAGGCCCAGAUUGCCUUGAACCACGAGCUCGAGGAGCGAGCGCCAAAGACACUGAUGCUCAACAACCUGCGUCUGCAUAACGAGAAGCUGACACGCGAUCUGCAGAAGAUGCAGGAGGCUCUCGACCACGAACGAGCACUCAAUUCUAGCGAAUCAGCCAGGACCGAGGCCGAGGAAAUUGAGCGAUUGCGCGAUGCAGUCAACACCUUGGUGAUGGAGAAGGAGCAGCUCGAGCAGGAAUGCAACUAUCUCUCGACCCAGCUUUUGCGCUCCGACAACAGCCUCGCCGGCGAGCUUGCCGGAGCAGACAGUGAACGAAGGAGUAUCGAAGAUCGGUACGGCCUGCCGAGACUCAAGUCAAAGAGCUCUUCUUCGCAUCUUCACCGGCGCCACCAUAGUGCCGAGGAUCUGCUCAAGUCGUUGCCGAGCGAGCUGCCGCAGGAAUCGCUCAACUUGGCAAUGGAGCUGCGACAGAAGCACAGGGAAAUGGCCGAGAGCAGCGAGCUCGAAAAGCUUCGAGCCGAGAAUCUGUCGCUAGUGAAGUUCCUGGUGGCCACGCUGGAUUCUGUCAGGAUGCUAAAGUAGAGGGCUGUGCCUACAAAUACGAAAGGCGUCCAUUUUCGACAGAGCCGAAUCCAGCUGGCCCACCCGCUCUCCCUUUCGAUGAACCAAGCAAUCACCGAACCAUGGGCAAAGCAUAUGCGUCGGUUGGUCCAAAACACAAAGAUCAACUUGCAUCGUUGCCACAAACAGCGAUACAGAUCAAUCUUGAAUUGAGCAACUCUUCCUUGGAUAUCUUCACGUGCCUACAUUUGUAUUUUUUUUAAACAUUCGAAAGCGCUCAAAAGGGAGGGUCCCCUGUCGACGUCCAGAGCAUCUGGAUCAUGAAUACACCACAAUGUCUAUACACCA